AUGACCGCAAGCGCAUUCAAUCUUCUGAGGAUUAGAUUAGGAGGUUCACUAGAAUAUCAAAUUAUUUACCAAUUUGAAAAGCAAAAGCACUGCCCAACUAUGAAAAAGAAAGAUAACGGCUUGUUUGGAUUCAGUGUUGGAUGCCUCCCCAGAAAGAGAUGGGAUGAAAUGAAUCACUUUUUCAACAAAAUUGGUGUCAAAUUAAACAAUACCAUAAACCUCAUGAAGUACACUAUCUCAAAAGAAUACAAUAUAGAUUCAUAUGAAUUAGGAAACGAGCUAUGCUCUGAAGGAGUAUCAGCAAGAAUAGAUAGUUUUCAAUAUGCAAAAGAUAUCACAAAACUAAGGCAUAUAGUUGACUCAUUAUAUCACAACACAAGAAUUUAA